CAUUCAGAAGGUGUUUAUUCCUCUCUCUCUCUUAACACCAUUCAUGAUCUGUGUUUAUGGUCAACUUAGUUGCUUACUAUUCUUCUGUCUCUAAAAAUAGGGAGAUUGUGGUUCAGUUCAAUGCUGAUGUUGCAGAUGGGAUGCAGUGGAAAUUCACUCCAACUCAAAGAGAGGUUUAGACUUUUUAAGUCAAGCAGAGUGUUGUCUGACUUUGUUAUUGUAUGUGCUUUUAACUGAUAUGUCUUAUUUAGGUGAGAGUAAAGCCAGGAGAAAGCGUGCUCGCCUUUUACACUGCUGAAAACAAAAGUUCAGCUCCAAUAACUGGAGUCUCCACAUAUAAUGUCAUUCCCAUGAAGGCAGGAGUUUAUUUCAACAAGAUACAAUGUUUUUGCUAUGAGGAGCAGCGACUUCUUCCAGGAGAACAGAUUGACGUGCCGGUGUUCUUCUACAUUGAUCCUGAGUUUGAGACUGACCCAAGAAUGGACGGAAUCAACAACCUGAUAUUGUCUUACACUUUCUUCAAAGUGUCCGAGGAAAAUACUACAGCAACUAACAGCUCUGUUCCAGUUCAAGAAACCAGUUAA